CGAGCUCUCCGGGGCAGCUGGCAUUGCAUCCUUCCCCACCGCACUCUGCCCCACGGGGACCCGGGGUACCCUGGCAUCCACCUCAACAGAGGGUUGGGCUGGGGGGGGACAGUGGGGGUGAGAGCUGCAGCAUGGAGGAGAUCACACGGAAACGGAGAGUGUGAAGGAACCGCAGGUGUGAGAGGAAGUUGGUGCUGGACAGUCGCCGGCUCCGACUGGUUUCACACCUCUCCAGCUGCAAUGAGCUCGCUCCGGUGCCAUCCAGAGAUGCACCGGCAUCGGGGUCCCCGGUGCCCGCCGGCACUGUUGGUACCGCUGUGCCUGGUGCUGCUGGCUGCAGCCAGCGGCCAAGGACCCUCGGAGUGCCAGGAACGACCUGUGUCUGUGGGUGGAACGCUGCAGCUGCAGCCGGAGAAACCCCCGGAGCGGUGGAUAAAGCUCACAUGGAGAGUGAGAUCGGAUGGAGGAGACCAGCACUGGAUCCUGAGGGCUGAGAAGAAUAAAUCUGUCCAAUACUCCAGGGUUCCUGUUUCUGGGAGAGCUGGUUUCCAGGAGGAGACCGUCUCCCUGUGCAUCAGCCUGGUUCGCCCGGCAGACAGUGGGGUCUAUUGGGCAGAAUUUGAGGACACAUCAGGCUCUCUUACUCAUCAAUGCUUCUGGGUGUCGGUGUGGGAUCCUGUCGGCCAGCCGCGCCUGGAGGCACACAUCCUGCACCAGGAGCAGAGCUGGUGCAACCUCUCACUGCACUGCACCGUGCCCAACACCGGCAACGUCUCCUACAAUUGGUCCUGCACCGGGGAUCCCCCGGCAGCCCUGGGGCACCAGCCCCGGCUGCAGCUGCAGGUCCGUGGGGACACCGACCCCACCGUCUGCUGCUGCAACGUGAGCAACCCGGUGAGCUGGAGCAUGGCCAGCACCGAUGUCGUGGCCGCCUGCCACUCUGCAGCCUCAGGUGGUUUGCCCUCAGGGCUUUUCAACAUCCUUUUAUGGUGCGGAGGGGGGCUGGCACUGGCCAUCCCCGUAGCCCUCUUUGUCACCUACUGCUGGCGGAGGAAGCGAGGAAAGGAUCCCCCGGGAGGACAUGACGAGCAGACACUGACUGUCUAUGAGGAGGUGGGCAAAGCCCAAACCGGCCGAGACCCUAAUGGGACCAGUGAGGCCAUGGGGGACGGAAACACCAUCUACGCUGUUGUCUGCACCAAAACGCAGGGACCCAGCUACCUUCAGGAUUCCGAAAGGUGCACCAUCUACUCCACGGUUCAGCCCACCACGAUGCCUACUUCUCUCAAGAGGAAGAGGCUGGACCCAGCUUUGGUUUCCACUGCCUACGUAGAGGCCACGGGGGGUCCUAGACGCUGGUGCCCCCCGUCGCAGACCUCAUCCCUGGGUCCUGCAGCCCACCAACUCUUCUAGUGCCCCGAUUCCCUCGGCAAGACCUUCCCUUCCCUACAGGCCUCUUCUCCUGCAGCACCCAGAGACCUCCAGCACCCACCAGGACCCCACCCAGCAAAGCUGGAGGCUCGCUCAGCGUGGAAACGGUCAGACGUGGGUUUCUGCAAGGAUGCAAACCCCAGCUGCACCUUGGAGGCUUUCCUGUGAGGCAGGGAGGAGAGACUGGGUGAUGGAAGCCUGUCUUCGGAGGAGAUGGAUGUGAAAUUGGACAGGCAGGGUUGUGGGGGAAGAGGAUACAUGUGAUGUGCGUGUGUUUAGUGCCAGUGUGUGAUCCUGUGAGGUUUUUUUAGGUCCUGACAGUUUUGAUGCACCUUGGGAAUUUAUUUUCAGGUGUAAAUAUAAGCUGAACUGUGUGAGGCAA